AUGUCUCUGGCAAUCGCUGAGAGGGAGAACAACACGCAAUAUCGAAGGCACCGAAGCAGGCGCUACGAGGAUCAAUAUGCAGAGCGAAGCAGGAGGGACAAGGGUGGCCUACUCGCAGGAGUCCCUCCUGAGCUGAGACAAGCAGCACUGAACCUGAUCGACUACCAGCUAACGCCAGUCCUGGUAGACCAGUGGCGGGUGACCCUUGUGGAGCUGCUCUUUGCUAGCCAGAAUGCGCCACCGCUGCCUGAGACAGAUCCAGAGCUGCGGCGUGCACUUCUAGACUCGCUGAAGACCUUUGAGGAGCAGGAGGCCCGGCGACCUGCCUUCACACACGAGCCACGUGUGUCUGUUCCAGAGCCGGCCUCGAGAGGGCCGUCAGGGCAGGCAGCGCAGGCACGGGCGCAGCAGGCUGCAUCACAUGCGCAUGAGGCGGGCCCCAGUGCUCCUUCUACACUGCCAGCUGACCAGCAUCCGCAGCCCAGCGCUCCGCCGCUGUCUUCGCGCCAUGAACAUGCCGAACCCAGCGCACCGCCCCUGCCUGACAGCUAUUCCCAGGCAUGCCAUACUGCUCAUGCAGCUGCUUUGCCCAUUCCUCAGUUCUGCAUGCCACAGUAG